AUGCUGUCAUUUCCAGAUUGUGGGCCUUCAGACACUGUUCUCCCCAGCCUUCAGCCUCUGUUAAUGGCUAUACGAGAUGAGCGUUACACACAUGCACAAGAAUUCCACAUCUGGAGUCUGUCUCUCAAGCAAAAAGAUAUAGUUGAGCUGUGUCUUCUUUUGGAGAAGAGGGGGAGGACAGUUUAUCCCUUCAAAUCACUGGAGCUACUUGAUUGCAAACUAACUGAAGGGUCUCUGGAAAGACUGGGCAAGGCUGUAGGCAUCAGCUACCUCACCACUCUCUGCCUGGACUACACACGCGUGGGACCGGAAGGGUUGAAAGGUUUGCUGAGUGGAGGUUUGGGGGCCAGUCGAAUAUCCUCCCUGAGUUUGUGUUAUUGUGGUUUGGGUUCAUGGAGCGGAACUCUGCUAGCUUCACUCCUCACCAACAGUUCCGUGAGGGAGCUCUACCUCAAUGGCAAUGAGCUGCAGUGUGGGGGUGCCAUUGAGCUGCUGAAACCUGUGGCUGAAAACAGCCAAAAACUGGCAGAGAUUCAAAACAGGACCACAUCCAUCACAGAUGAAACAGAGUUGAUCUCCCAAAGGAGCAAUACCAAAUCUUCCAGACAAAAGAAAGCAAAGAGCAAAGGGAAGAAGACAAAGAAGAAAAGAGAAAAAACCAAGAGCGGCCAUGGCGCCGCAGGAGGCCCGUGGCUAGAGAAGCUGCACAUGUGCGAUAAUUCCAUUGAUGGCUCAGGAAAGGAGGGACCAAAUCAACUAAAUCAAUUCCUGGAGAUCCUUUGCAUUAUAGUUAAGUUCUCCAGUUGCCUGACCGAACUGGAUCUGGGUGAGAAUCACAUUGGAGAAGAUGGUGCAAAAGUGUUUUUAGAGGCCCUGAGAGAGAGACAAGCAACUAAACUAUCUCCAAUAAAAAUCCAGGUUUCAACACGCAUGUCCGCAGAAACAUUCAGUGCUAUUUUGAAAAGUGCAAAGGAGCUUAAAUCUGGGAAAAAGAGAAGAAAGACUAAGGGAAAAAAUAAGUAGUCCGUCUGGAGGAUAUUGAAGGACAUUGCUGACUGACAAAAGAAUGCUUUUCCAGACUAUUUCUCCAUGUUUUCAAUUUGUCGCCACAGUUUUUUUAGAAUCAUCUGUUUUUUAUGUGGUCUGAGUUGCAUUUGACAACAGCCGUGCACCAAAUGUGACCGCACAGCAGACUCUCAGAUUAUGAACUACUUAUCUGUCCGUGGUGGACUAGCAGGGGUUCGGGAACGGAUCUUAUUUUAUGUUGCUCCGUUGGGAGCUUGAAAUAGCAGAAGGAUGUUUGUUCUUAAGUGCUUCUUUCUUUUUCUUGUCCCUUCAAGUACAUACUUGCUAACAGAAUGUUAUAACAGUUUAAUACAUGAAAUGUUUAGAUUUUAUAAUAAUGUGAACGACAGAGCUAGCAUUCAUUAGUGUGUGUACUACCUGUUAUAUGGAGAGCAGACUAGAUAU